AUGGAAAGAGCCCUGGUGCUGCAGUGGGCCGAUGCUGCAACCAGCUUUCUGAGGGCAGCAAGAUCAGGUAACUUGGACAAAGCUUUGGAUCACCUGCGGAAUGGGGUAGAUAUUAACACCUGUAACCAGAAUGGGUUGAACGGCCUGCAUUUGGCCUCCAAAGAAGGCCAUGUGAAAAUGGUGGUUGAGCUUCUGCACAAAGAAAUUGUUUUAGAAACGACAACCAAGAAAGGGAACACGGCCUUGCACAUCGCUGCCCUUGCUGGUCAGGAUGAGGUGGUACGAGAGCUGGUCAACUAUGGCGCCAAUGUCAAUGCCCAGUCCCAGAAAGGCUUUACACCCUUGUACAUGGCAGCACAAGAGAAUCAUUUGGAAGUGGUUAAGUUUUUACUGGAGAAUGGAGCUAAUCAGAAUGUAGCCACAGAAGACGGCUUCACUCCCCUGGCCGUGGCUCUGCAGCAGGGCCACGAGAACGUGGUGGCACACCUCAUCAACUACGGGACGAAGGGCAAGGUGCGCCUCCCCGCCCUGCACAUUGCAGCCCGCAACGAUGACACUCGGACGGCUGCGGUGCUGCUGCAGAACGACCCCAACCCGGACGUGCUGUCCAAGACGGGAUUUACCCCCCUCCACAUCGCAGCUCACUAUGAGAACCUCAAUGUGGCCCAGUUACUCCUCAACCGGGGAGCCCGGGUCAACUUCACACCACAGAAUGGCAUUACACCGCUGCACAUAGCUUCCCGCAGGGGCAACGUGAUCAUGGUGCGGCUCCUGCUGGACCGGGGAGCCCAGAUAGAAACAAGGACCAAGGACGAAUUGACACCUCUCCACUGUGCAGCUCGGAAUGGGCAUGUGCGAAUCUCAGAGAUCCUGCUGGACCACGGGGCGCCCAUCCAAGCCAAAACCAAGAAUGGCUUGUCCCCAAUUCACAUGGCGGCUCAGGGAGACCAUCUCGACUGUGUCCGACUUCUAUUGCAAUACAACGCAGAAAUAGAUGACAUCACGCUGGACCACCUGACUCCACUCCACGUGGCCGCCCACUGUGGUCAUCACAGAGUGGCCAAGGUCCUUUUGGAUAAAGGGGCCAAACCAAACUCCAGAGCCCUGAAUGGCUUCACCCCCUUACACAUCGCCUGCAAGAAGAACCAUAUUCGUGUCAUGGAGCUGCUGCUGAAGACCGGAGCCUCUAUUGACGCCGUCACCGAGUCUGGCCUGACCCCUCUCCACGUGGCUUCUUUCAUGGGGCACCUUCCCAUCGUGAAGAACCUGCUGCAGCGGGGUGCGUCCCCCAAUGUCUCCAACGUGAAAGUGGAGACCCCCUUACAUAUGGCAGCCAGAGCAGGACACACAGAAGUGGCCAAAUAUUUACUCCAGAACAAAGCCAAAGUCAAUGCCAAGGCCAAGGAUGACCAGACCCCACUUCACUGUGCAGCUCGCAUCGGCCACACAAACAUGGUGAAACUCCUGCUGGAAAACAAUGCCAACCCUAACCUGGCCACCACUGCCGGGCACACCCCCCUGCACACGGCAGCCCGCGAGGGCCAUGUGGAAACAGCCUUGGCACUUCUGGAAAAGGAAGCGUCCCAGGCCUGCAUGACCAAGAAAGGAUUUACCCCUCUCCAUUUGGCGGCUAAGUAUGGGAAGGUCAAGGUAGCAGAGGUGCUGCUGGAACGAGAUGCACACCCCAACGCAGCUGGAAAAACGGGCUUGACUCCUCUGCACGUGGCUGUUCAUCACAACAACCUGGAUAUCGUCAAGCUGCUGCUUCCCCGAGGCGGCUCCCCACACAGUCCUGCUUGGAAUGGCUACACGCCUUUGCACAUUGCUGCCAAGCAGAACCAGAUGGAGGUGGCCCGCAGUCUGCUGCAGUAUGGGGGGUCAGCGAAUGCCGAGUCGGUGCAAGGAGUGACACCCCUCCACCUGGCUGCCCAGGAGGGGCACGCGGAGAUGGUCGCUCUGCUUCUCUCCAGACAAGCCAAUGGCAAUCUGGGGAAUAAGAGUGGCCUCACGCCUCUCCAUCUGGUAGCACAAGAAGGCCACGUUCCAGUGGCAGAUGUGCUGAUCAAGCAUGGUGUCACCGUGGAUGCCACCACCCGGAUGGGUUACACUCCACUCCAUGUGGCUAGUCAUUAUGGAAAUAUUAAGUUGGUGAAGUUUCUGCUGCAGCACAAGGCUGAUGUCAAUGCCAAGACCAAGCUUGGAUACAGCCCUUUGCAUCAAGCAGCCCAACAAGGACAUACAGACAUUGUGACUCUUCUUCUGAAAAAUGGUGCUUCCCCAAAUGAGGUCAGCUCGAAUGGAACCACACCUUUGGCAAUAGCCAAGCGCCUGGGUUACAUUUCUGUAACCGACGUGCUCAAGGUUGUCACUGAUGAAACAAGUGUGGUGUUAGUCAGUGACAAGCACCGGAUGAGCUUCCCUGAGACAGUAGAUGAGAUUCUGGAUGUCUCUGAAGAUGAAGGUGAAGACCUUGUUGGCUCCAAAGCUGAGAAGCAGGAUUCCAGGGAUGUCGAUGAAGAGAAGGAGCUGCUGGAGUUCGUGCCUAAACUCGACCAAGUGGUGGAAUCUCCAGCCAUUCCCAGGAUUCCUUGUGUCACUCCGGAGACAGUGGUGAUCCGAUCUGAAGAGCCAGAACAGGCAUCUAAAGAAUAUGAUGAAGACUCCCUCAUCCCCAGCAGCCCCGCCACAGAAACCUCAGACAACAUCAGCCCCGUGGCCAGCCCGGUCCACACAGGGUUUUUGGUGAGCUUCAUGGUUGAUGCCCGGGGAGGCUCCAUGAGAGGAAGUCGCCACAACGGCCUGAGGGUGGUGAUCCCACCUCGGACCUGUGCUGCACCCACCCGCAUCACCUGCCGCCUGGUCAAACCCCAGAAGCUGAGCACACCACCCCCACUGGCCGAGGAGGAGGGCCUGGCCAGCAGGAUCAUUGCCUUGGGGCCCACGGGGGCCCAGUUCUUGAGCCCGGUGAUUGUGGAAAUCCCCCACUUCGCCUCCCACGGCCGCGGGGACAGAGAACUGGUGGUUCUGAGGAGUGAAAAUGGCUCUGUGUGGAAGGAGCACAAGAGCCGCUAUGGAGAAAGCUACCUGGAUCAGAUCCUCAAUGGGAUGGACGAAGAGCUGGGCAGCCUGGAGGAGCUGGAGAAGAAGAGGGUGUGCCGUAUCAUCACCACCGACUUCCCCCUGUACUUCGUCAUCAUGUCACGGCUCUGCCAGGACUACGACACCAUCGGCCCCGAGGGAGGCUCUCUGAAGAGCAAGCUGGUCCCCCUGGUGCAGGCGACCUUCCCAGAAAAUGCUGUCACCAAGAGAGUGAAGCUGGCUCUGCAGGCCCAGCCCGUUCCCGAUGAGCUAGUUACCAAACUCCUGGGCAACCAGGCCACCUUCAGCCCCAUUGUCACUGUGGAACCCCGGCGCCGGAAGUUCCACCGCCCCAUAGGCCUUCGCAUCCCGCUCCCUCCAUCAUGGACAGACAACCCUCGGGACAGCGGGGAGGGCGACACCACCAGCCUGCGCCUGCUCUGCAGUGUAAUUGGGGGAACCGACCAAGCCCAGUGGGAAGACAUAACAGGUACAACCAAGCUGGUGUAUGCCAACGAGUGCGCCAACUUCACCACCAAUGUUUCUGCCAGGUUUUGGCUGUCGGAUUGUCCUCGGACUGCUGAGGCCGUGAACUUCGCCACUCAGCUGUACAAGGAGCUCACUGCGGUGCCCUACAUGGCCAAGUUUGUCAUCUUUGCCAAGAUGAAUGACCCCCGAGAAGGGCGGCUUCGCUGUUACUGCAUGACAGACGAUAAAGUAGACAAGACUUUGGAGCAGCAUGAGAACUUCAUUGAGGUGGCCCGGAGCAGGGACAUCGAGGUUCUAGAAGGAAUGCCACUAUUUGCAGAACUCUCUGGGAACCUAGUACCUGUCAAAAAAGCUGCCCAACAGCGGAGUUUCCACUUCCAAUCUUUUCGGGAGAACCGUUUGGCCAUCCCUGUGAAGGUGCGGGACAGCAGUCGAGACCCAGGAGGCUCCUUGUCAUUUCUGCGCAAGGCGAUGAAGUAUGAGGACACCCAGCACAUUCUCUGCCACUUAAACAUCACCAUGCCUCCCUGCACCAAGGUGACUGAUGAUAGAAGAAGGACUUUGACACCGUUGGCCUUGCGAUACAGCAUUCUCAGUGAAUCAACGCUGGGAUUCCUCAGCGGGACAGAUCGUGCAGACAUGAAAAUGGCUAUCAUAUCAGAGCACCUUGGUCUCAGCUGGGCAGAAUUGGCCCGGGAGCUGCAGUUCAGCGUGGAAGACAUCAACAGGAUCCGAGUAGAAAAUCCCAACUCCUUGUUGGAGCAGAGUGCAGCCUUGUUGAAUCUCUGGGUCAUCCGUGAAGGACAAAAUGCAAAGAUGGAGAAUCUCUACACAGCCCUGAGGAACAUUGACCGCAGUGAGAUUGUGAAUAUGUUGGAGGGCUCCGGCCGACAAAGCCGCAACCUGAAACCAGAGCGGAGGCAUGCUGACCGAGACUACUCCUUGUCGCCCUCUCAGAUGAAUGGUUACUCCUCGCUGCAGGACGAGCUGCUGUCCCCUGCCUCCCUGCACUACAUGCUUCCCUCUCCGCUGUAUGCAGACCAGUACUGGAACGAAGUCCCCCUGGCCGCCACGGAGCAUGACGCCAUGCUGGAGAUGUCUGACAUGCAGGUGUGGUCCUCGGGCCUCACACCCUCCCUGGUCACUGCUGAGGACUCCUCUCUGGAGUGCAGCAAGGCCGAGGAUUCUGAUGCCACGGGCCACGAGUGGAAGUUGGAGGGGGCGCUCUCUGAGGAACCGCAGGGCCCCGAGCUGGGCUCUCUGGACCUUGUGGAGGACGACACAGUGGAUUCAGAUGCCACAAAUGGCCUUACCGAUUUACUUGACCCGGAGGAAGGUCAGAGGUCAGAAGAGAAGCGGCCAGGCUCUAAGAGGCAGGAUGACUCAACAGGUGCAGGGCAGGACUCAGAGAAUCAAGUGUCUCUUGUUGCAGGCCAGCAGAGGGUGCAAGCCCGAAUCACAGAAUCCCCCACCGUGAGUCGGGUGAUGGACAGGAGCCAGGACAGACAACAGGACUGGGAUGGGGAAGGCUCCAUUGUCUCCUACCUACAAGGUGCUGCAGAAAGUUCUAGGCAAGAGGAGAUCUUGAGAGGCCCACACUCAUUCCAGACAAUGGUCACCACCACCAAAGUGCUGGAGCCCAGUGGGUCUCAGGAAUAUGAGAAGGUCCUGGUGUCUGCAACCGAGCACACGCGGAUACAGCAGCCGGAGAGCCUCCUGGCCGACCAAGAACCGAGACAGCAAGGCCACUGGGUGGUAAAGGUGAGAGCACCAGAUAUCUGCCUGCUUCUGCCUGGUCAGUGUCGAGGGGCCUGA